AUGGAAUCUCAGGAAUUUGUGUCACAGGGUCAGCCCUACGGCUUCCCGGAUGAUAUAUCCAACAUUUGGACUAUUGCGAACGACACGGAUCCUUUCUUCACGUCGGAAGGAUAUCAGUAUCCCGAGUUUCAGCAAAACAUCGCUUUUGACAGCUUCCCGCACUUCGAAGCCGACAAGAGAUCCGAGGGCAAACCAUCAGUCGGCGACAUGCCUCAAUCAGUAAUGGCUGCGCGGCCUCCAAGUCUGUCUGGGCCCAUGAGUCCGGCUUUCACUCAUCGAUACAACUCGAAUCCUCGGGACAUCUCUACUCAGGCCAUGUUUGCGCGCCCUAUCACACAUCCAACGCCGGUCGAGUCUUUCGAUCGUUCUACUGCGAAGAGGGUCAGAAUUGAUCCCGAGGCCACCAAGCAUGAAUGUCAAGUUGUCGACAAAUGCUUCUCCCAGACUGGUUCUCAAAGCACUUGCUGUAGCAGUUGCUCUGAUGGGGAGCCAUGUGUCGAUCCGGAGUGUGCAGAGGAAGUAGUGGCAUCUUGUGGAGAGUGUGCUUGUGGCAUACCAAAGUGUUCCUGCCCUGAGCAUGAUGAUACACCAAGGAACAGAGAAUCUGCAACCAAUUCGGAUGGGUUUUUGGAAUCGAGACUACAAGAUUGGACCAAUUCCACCCAAAAUGCUUGGAAUCCGCAGUCGCCUCGAAUGGGUCCAACCCAUAUGGAGAAUAACGUUGAUCAGUCUUACGGUCUCUAUAGUGGCAUACAUUAUAGCUCGGUAGAACAGUCACCAAUGGCAACCACACCUUCUGCUGUCAAUAUGUCGACCUCCUUCUCGCCAACAACUGGCCUACAAACGCCGUCAAAUUAUGGCGCUCAAUCAAACUCAUACGAUCCUAGCCUUGGAGUUCUCUCUGGAGCGGGCGCUUCGUUCCAACCUCCUCCAGUUGCCAAUCAAUGGACAGACUCGGAAUAUGACCAGGACAACUCUCCAUUUCCUAUGCUUUGUGCGUGGGAGGCUUGCGAAGAAAGAUUUCAGAACAAUGAGGAUUGGCUAGCUCACUGUUUCGACACGCAUGUAGCUCCUCAGAUGACGCUUCAUUGCCCUAUUCAGCAAGAAUCUUGUCCUGAGAACAUUGCGCCAAACUUCCUCAACCAUAUGAGUUCUAAUCAUGGUUACGAUUUCACAGCACCAUCUCAACCAUUGAUGUGUCCAGCGCCAGACUGCGAUCCAGAUCGUGUCAUUCCUAAUGCUUACAUGUUCCAGACCCAUUUCAGCCGAGCUCAUGCCAUGCCUGCUCAGGGCUCACUCCUAUGUGAAGUGCAAAGAUGUAAUACUACAUUCAAUGACCUGAACGAGUUCUCAACCCAUCUCACACAUCAGCAUUUACUCAAGGGUGGUGAGGCUGAGAUUGACCUCGACCAUCAAGCAGGACUCGUUCCGAAAACAAUACCAUCUGCGAAAACUUUGGUAGAAGCUGUGAUGAGUCCCCCAGUCCAGAAAGCAGAUGAUGAUGCUCAUGUUUGUUUAUGGUCAGGGGUGGAGGGCAAGACUUGUGGUUCAUUCUUCGAGUCGGCUCCUGAUCUCCACCAACAUAUUGUCAAAGAGCAUCUAGCAUCGCUAGACAAGAAGUCUGGAUAUAAAUGCUGCUGGAAGGGAUGUACUCGUGCAGAUAAAAGAGGAAACGAGAAGUGCGGCUUUUCGCAGCGGGGAAAAUUGGAGCGACAUAUGGCAUCCCACACAAAUUAUAAAUGCUGCACAUGUAACAUUUGUCAUAAGAAUUUCUCCGCAGAGCAAGCGUUGGCGCAGCAUAUGAAUCUGCAUAGCAAUGAAAAGCCAUGGCAGUGCAAGUAUUGUACGAAGCGGUUUCCACAACAGAGCGCAUGCACUGUCCACGAGAGGACCCAUACAAAAGACAAACCAUUGGCAUGUGAGAUAUGUGGCAAGUGUUUCUCGGAGUCUUCAAAUUUAUCCAAACAUCGAAAGACGCAUGGUGAGCGUGGAGUACACGAAUGUCCCGUGCCAGGAUGUCCAAAAUCCUAUCACAGGAUGGAUAUGCUCAAGCGACAUAUGGCUUCGCAUAAGAAAGAUUCUGAAAAGCGUGCUGGCAGUGUUGGGUCAAUUGCAUCUAGAGACACUCGAGGCAGCAGUGAAGUUCAAAGUUCGAGUUAG